ACAAGGGCCAACGGCCGGGUGAUGCACGCAUAUGUCUAGGCUCGGGAGGACCCAGCCUCUGGCAUUAGGACAGGUGUUGCUGGGCUUCGGUGCUACGUCGAAGCGCUCGAGGCACAAUAACGCCGACGACGACGAAGAGAUAGAAAACAGCAUGACGGAUACAGCAACUGCAACCACCCAAAAGAGGGCCAAUUUUUCUGCUCUAACUGUUGCUAAUCCUAAUGGAGUUAACAAAAUUUCGUCAAAUAUUGCCAAUGCUAAACCAGGUUCUGCGAAAAAACUUGUUAUAAAAAAUUUUAAAAACAAACCAAAAUUACCAGAAAAUUAUCAAGAACAAACAUGGGAGAAACUUCGAGAGGCAGUUGUGGCAAUCCAAACAAGCAAAAGCAUUCGUUAUUCGUUAGAAGAACUUUAUCAAGCAGUUGAAAACAUGUGUAAUCAUAAAAUGGCAUCUACUUUGUAUGCUAAUUUGACAGUUCUAACUGAAUCACAUGUCAAAGCCAACAUUGAGCAAUUUUUAGCGGAAUCAAUGGAUCGUCAUAUAUUUCUGAAAAAAAUGAACGAGUGUUGGCAAAGCCAUUGUCGUCAAAUGAUCAUGAUUAGAAGUAUUUUUUUGUACCUGGAUAGAACUUAUGUACUCCAAAAUCCUAGUAUUUCUUCUAUUUGGGAUAUGGGUUUACACUUGUUCAGAAUGCAUAUUGUACUCAAUAAUUUGGUACAAACCAGAACAGUCGAAGGUCUCUUGAUGCUGAUUGAAAAAGAACGUCAAGGUGAUACAGUUGAUCGUACUCUUCUCAAGUCUCUUCUAAGAAUGUUAUCAGAUCUUCAAAUUUAUCAAGAAGCAUUUGAAAGUAAAUUUUUAGUAGCUACCGAACGAUUGUAUGCCGCAGAAGGUCAACGACUGAUGAAUGAACAUGACGUGCCUGAAUAUUUGGCUCAUGUUGAUAAACGACUUCAAGAAGAAAAUGAAAGAUUACUACACUAUCUUGAUAUGUCAACGAAAUGGUCAUUGAUUCAUACAGUAGAAAAACAAUUACUCUCUGAGCAUGUUUCUAGCAUACUUCAAAAAGGCUUGAGUGGACUAUUAGAUGAAAAUCGUAUCAGUGACUUAACAUUACUUUACAAUUUAUAUAGCCGCGUAAAGAACGGUCUUGUCGAGUUAUGUUUGAAUUUUAAUUUUUACAUCAAGAAAAAAGGUAAAACAAUAGUUAUUGAUCCGGAAAAAGAUAAAACUAUGGUUCAGGAGUUGUUGGACUUUAAAGAUAAAAUGGACAACAUUGUUAAUACGUGUUUUUAUAAGAAUGAAAAAUUCGCAAAUAGUUUAAAAGAAGCUUUUGAAGCAUUCAUUAAUCAACGUGCGAAUAAACCAGCUGAAUUAAUAGCUAAGUUUGUAGAUAUGAAGCUGAGGGCCGGCAAUAAAGAAGCAACAGAAGAAGAAUUGGAGCGAUUAUUAGAUAAGAUAAUGGUUUUGUUCCGUUUUAUUCAUGGUAAAGAUGUAUUCGAGGCAUUUUACAAGAAAGAUCUUGCAAAAAGAUUGCUAGUAGGAAAAUCAGCUUCAGUUGAUGCUGAAAAAUCAAUGUUAUCCAAACUCAAACAAGAAUGUGGUGGUGGUUUUACUAGCAAACUCGAAGGAAUGUUCAAAGAUAUGGAACUUAGUAAAGAUAUUAAUAUUGCUUUUAAACAAUAUUCGAGUAAUCUACAGCAUGAACUAUUAGCGAGCAAUUUAGACUUGACUGUCUCUAUUCUUACGAUGGGCUAUUGGCCGACGUAUCCAGUUAUGGAAGUUACUUUACCACCGGAAAUGGUUCAAUAUCAAGAGGUUUUCAAUAAAUUUUAUUUAGGAAAACAUAGUGGACGUAAACUUCAAUGGCAGCCAACUUUAGGUCAUUGUGUUCUUAAAGCCUGGUUUCAUGCCGGAAAUAAAGAGCUACAAGUGUCCUUGUUUCAAGCUCUUGUUUUGAUAUUAUUCAACCAUGCAGACGAUCUUUCAUUCGAAGAGAUCAAGGCGGCUACGAAUAUUGAAGAUGGUGAAUUGAGACGAACUUUACAAUCUUUAGCCUGUGGAAAAGCAAGAGUGUUACAAAAAAAUCCUCGAGGACGUGAUGUUGCUGAUAAUGAUAGAUUUGUCUUCCAAGCAGACUUUACAAAUAAAUUAUUCAGAAUAAAAAUAAAUCAAAUUCAAAUGAAAGAAACGAAUGAAGAACAAAAAGCAACAGAAGAACGAGUUUAUCAAGAUAGACAAUAUCAGAUAGAUGCUGCAAUCGUAAGAAUUAUGAAAAUGAGAAAAACUCUUACACAUAAUCUUCUCAUUAGUGAGCUUUAUAAUCAACUCAAGUUCCCUGUAAAGCCUGCUGAUCUAAAGAAAAGAAUUGAGUCUCUUAUUGAUCGUGAUUACAUGGAAAGAGAUAAAGAUAAUGCAAAUCAGUACAAUUAUGUUGCAUAACCAAUUGCCAAAGCUACAUAUAAUAAGAGGAGUUAUUACGCCUCUAAAACAAAAAUAUUAAAAAAUAAACGGAUCAAUCAACUUAGUGAAAACUGCCGCCUCAGUUCGCGCUUUAUGCGAACAUUAUGCGAUAAGCAAUAUUUGAAGUGUCGUUUGAUACAUUUUGGAGAUAAAAAUAAGCAAAAAAUUAUUGCUUUGUUGAGAAGUGAAUCUGUGGAAGAAGAGAAUUCGCAUGUUUCAGCUGAAUAGCUAAUUAAAAUUGUUUUAUACAAUAAAAAGAGAGGAAGAAUUGUGUUAGUACGUAAAGAAAAAAAAAAUGCCUUUUUUAACGUUUUAAUGCAUUCUUUUUGUUUGAAACGAUAUUAAUUAAUAGUAACUAAGGAAAUAUUUCAUAUUUUCACGUUGAUUUUUCUUUAUUAUUAAACAAAAAAUCUAUAAUAUAUACGGCUCAAGUUCAAUUAAAAAUUGUUGUUUUGAGCUGUCAAUAGUAAAACUUUGCGGAAGAAAAAUUAGCAAAGACUGUUUGAGUGUGAGAAAAGUGUUUAGUGUUUUCGUGCAGAUAUUAAUGAUAUGUUGAAACAAAUAAUAUGAAAAAAUAUAAAAAGACUCCAAAGAAAAUUCAAAUUGAACACUUUCAUACUAACUGAGUUUAUUAAAAAAAUGAAUGAACUGUGUAUUGUAGAUUAUGAUGGUUGUAUAAAAAUAACUAUUUACAUUUAAUAUCAUUGAUAAUUGAAUAACAAAGAAUUAUAAAUGAAAUAUUACCAAGUCAUUUGACUUAUUUAUAUCAUUUAUUCGCAUUAUUUAUCAAAUUAGAUUAUUAAAGAAUCAUGCAGAUACAAACUUAGUAAUUUUAUAAUGCACUUUCUCACGCGGAGCAAAUAUUGUUAAUUAUAGCAAUGAUUUUUACUGUGAAUAAAAUUAAAUUUCUGAUGCAAACGUAGUAAACACUAAACUUUUUAAUUUUCCAUUAUUAAAAAUUACUGUAUUUUCUAUUUUUUUUAAAUAGGAAAUAUUAUAUUAUUUGUUUUUUAAAUUGAUACACAAUACUGCGUUUGCGUCUACAAUUCCUUAGGCUUACACUGCGGAACUUUAUUUUUGUGUAAUAUUUCGUAGGAUUUGUCAAAAAAAAGUGUAAAUAGGAUAAGAUAAAAACAACAAAAUAUUCGUACUUGUAAUAAAAAUACAACGAAAAUGA